CGCCGCGCGUUCGCCCUGCGUUCCAUUCACUCUUGGCGCCGUCCGGGGAGGUGUGUUGGAGCCAUGGCUUCUGCCAACCCCUGGGACCCGGCAUCGGCGCCAAACGGUGCUGGGCUACUGUUGAGCCACUUCGUAGCUUCAGGGAUAGUCACUCAGGAGAUGUUAAAUAUAUCUAAGAAAACAGCUUCUUGUUUUAUGAACUUCUCCAGACUACAGCAGAUCACAAAUAUUCAAGCUGAAAUCUACCAGAAAAACCUGGAAAUUGAACUCCUGAAACUAGCAAAGGAUACAGCAGAUAUUGUUCAUCCUUUCUUUUUGGCUCAGAAGUGUCAUACUCUGCAAAGCAUGAAUAAUCAUUUGGAAGCAGUGCUAAAAGAGAAGAGGUCCCUCAGGCAAAGACUGUUGAAACCCAUGUGCCAGGAAAACUUACCUAUUGAAGCUAUUUAUCACAGAUAUUUGGUACAUUUGUUGGAGUUGGCUGUGACUUUCAUUGAGAAAUUAGAAAGCCAUCUUGAAACAAUUAGAAAUAUCCCUCAUUUAAAUACAAAUCUAAAGAAAAUGAGCAAGGCUUUUGCAAAGAUGGAUGUUUUGGUGACUGAGACAGAAGAACUAGCAGAGAAUAUACUCAAGUGGCGAAAACAGCAAAAUGAAGUUUCUUCUUGUAUCCCCAAAAUAUUAGCUGAAGAAAAUUAUCUUCAUAAACAUGACAUUAUUAUGCCUCCUUUACCUUUUACUUCUAAAGUUCAUGUCUAAACUGUUAUUGCCAAGUGAUCAUCAAUUUUAUUUUUGCUUAAUUAUAUAUAGUCAUAUAUAAAGUCUAUUUCUAAUCACUUGUGACAUAUUUUAUAGGCUUUGCUGCUAGCAAUACUGAAAGAGCCCUCUUUAUAUUGGAGGAUUCAGGUUCAUUAAGACCAAAAUGACUUUUUCUUUGUUUUUCAUAUAUUUUUAUUUCACUUUUCAGUAAAGCUACUCAAGACUAUAUAUAAUUAUGAUGAUCUAUUAACAUAAGUGAAUUAACCAUUUCUUAAGCAGUAAAUUCUUUAUUGUCUUUUUAAAAAAUGCAUGUUUCUGAAUUAGAAGAGUUUUCUUGAAUUGAAAAUGUCUGUGGUGAUUAUUCCUGUGGGAUUGUCAGUGAGUUUGCAGAACAGAAUAACAUAGCAGGUUUCUCAUCCUUUGAAAGGUCUGCAUACAAGGUUGGUUCUUGGCUGGUGCAUCUGGGAACUUAGAUAUCAGGAUGUGUCUUAGUCCAUUUUCUGCUGCUAUAACAAAAUACAACUGACUAGAUAAUUUAUAAAGAAUGGAAGUUUUAUCUGGCUCAUGGUUCUAAAGGAUAGGAAGUCCAACAGCACACAUGGCACCAGAGUCUGGUGACAGUCAUGCCAUGGCAGAAGGCAUCACAUGGCCAAUGAGCAUGAGAGAUAUAUGGGGCCAAACUUAUCCUUUUAUCAUAACAGGAGGGUUCCCUCUACACACUGAUAAGAGUGGUUCAUUGUGACUAAGCUGUUAGUACAAUGUGAUUUGUGGUGAACACCUGCUUUCCUUCUGGGAGUCUAGAAUUUUGGUACAUACUAGGUAGAAAUUACAUAUAUGACCAGCCCUCAGUAAAAACCCUGGGCACUGUAUCUCUAACAAGCUUCCCUGAUAGACAUUUCACACGUUGUCACAAUUCAGGUGCUGGCAGAAUGAAGCAAAUUCUGUGUGACUUCACUGGCAGAGGACAUUGGAAGCUUGUGCCUGUUUUCCCCUGUGUACCUUUUCCCUUUUCUAUUUUAUUUUUGCUGUAAUAAUUCAUAACUGCAAGUGUGA